AAAACCAGUUCAGGGCUUGUUCUGAGCAUUUUCAGCGUUUGUAAAGCAGCUGCUCCUGGAGCGUUGAAGAGGCCGCCGGAGAGCCGUCGAGAAGAUGGCGGAGGAAGCGAUUCUCGGCUACCUCGAGAAGAACAUCGAAAUCUCAGAUUCAGGACGCUUCGCCGACGAGUUUGGACUCGAUCACAGCGAUGUUGUCAACGUCAUCAAGAGUCUCAACGGCUUCAGAUACGUUGAAGCUGAAGACAUUAAGAAGGAGAAAUGGAUUCUUACUGAUGAGGGCGAGUCAUAUACUGCAACGGGAUCACCAGAGGUGCAGCUAUUCCUGGAAAUUCCACCAGAGGGAAUUCCAAGGGAAGAAUUACAGAAAAAGCUGGGUCCAUCUAUUUUCAAAAUUGGUUGUGCCCAAGCAGCAAAGAACAAAUGGGUUGAAAUGGGGAAGCAAUUGAUAUCCCGAAAGGUUCAACAUGUUGAUGAUAAGGUGAAAAACUUGCUCCUACAGAUAAAAGAUGGAAAGGCCAUUCAAGAUGAUGACAUUAAGGCUCUCAAAGCAAGAAAGCUAAUUGUAUCACAAACGUGGAAGGGCUAUUCAGUGAAGAAGGGUCCUAAUUAUGCUCCAAGAAGGAAAAAGACUACUACAGAUUUGACACGAGAAAAUCUUCAGAGAGGAGACUGGAGAGGACUAGAGUUUAAGGACUAUAACUUUAAUGCCCUAGGCCAGCCUACUGAGGGCGGUCAUCUUCAUCCAUUGCUCAAGGUCCGAGAUCAAUUAAAAGAUAUAUUUCGUCAAAUGGGGUUUGAAGAGAUGGCCACCGAUAAAUAUGUCGAGAGCAGCUACUGGAACUUUGAUACAUUAUUCCAACCACAACAGCACCCUGCCCGUGAUGCACACGAUACUUUCUUUUUGCUAGCUCCUUCCAGCACAAAGGAACUACCUGAAGAUUAUGUGGAGCGGGUGAAGCGAGUCCAUGAGUCUGGUGGUUAUGGAUCCAAAGGAUAUGGAUAUGAUUGGAAAAGAGAGGAAGCAAAUAAGAACCUACUGCGAACUCAUACAACUGCUGUGUCCGCCAGGGUGUUAUAUUCGCUUGCACAGAAACCAUUUGCACCCAAGAAGUAUUUCUCAAUUGACCGUGUUUUCAGAAAUGAAGCCGUAGAUCGAACCCAUCUGGCUGAAUUUCACCAGAUAGAAGGUUUGAUAUGCGAUCGAGGACUUACUCUUGGAGACUUGAUUGGAGUAUUACAUGACUUCUUCUCUCGUCUAGGCAUGUCCAAGCUACGUUUCAAGCCUGCUUAUAAUCCGUAUACUGAACCCAGCAUGGAGAUUUUCAGUUAUCACGAAGGCUUAAAAAAAUGGGUGGAAGUUGGAAAUUCAGGAAUUUUUAGACCCGAAAUGCUGCUUCCUAUGGGGUUUCCAGACGACGUCCGUGUUAUUGCAUGGGGUCUUUCUCUCGAGAGACCGACCAUGAUCCUGUACGGUAUCGAUAACAUUCGGGAUCUCUUCGGCCACAAGGUGGAUCUCAAUCUAAUAAAGAAAAAUUCGAUGUGCCGCCUCGGAAUCAAUCCCUCUUGAGCUAAUCAAAACUCUGGAAGCGCACUCGAGUGUUUCGGUACCAUUCUGAUCUCCAUUUUGAUUUGUUUUGACUAGCGGAGGGCAAACUCGAUCGAUCAAAUGCCCCUUCUCUGAAGUUGCUUUGAUUCAAUUUCAAGACACCUCUAUAACACACUAUCCAUUUAAUGCAUUAUUGAAGGAAUGGUUAUUUUAAAAAACAAGUAGAUCCUUUUUUUUUUUAAUUCACACAAUUGAGGAGCCAUAUUCUUCUUACAUGUUAGUUUUGGAAGGAACUUGAUGACAUGUAGAUAUUCUCUUGAAAUCCUUGAUUUAUAAGGGGAUGUUUAUGGGUUAGCUACAAUAACAGGAUUAGAUGGCUGAUUUGAUUUGAUUUGAUUCGGUUUUAUUUUUAAGUUGAUAUAGUUUUUCGGUUAAA